CCACAUUCGCCUAUUUCGGGUCAUUUGGCGGGUAAAUAUAAUCAGCAUGUCUGAUAACGAUUCUCAGAUGUGUAGACUCGCACCCCGAGCACUUCCACUCUAUCGUGUGGUGUGGUACUCGCGAGUGCUGGAUUCAUUCCGUCCGUCUAUCGUGUAGAAAGGUGGCUGCUGAUCUAAUGUGGUAGAUUUUCCGGCAAAAACGACUGACAAAAUGGCACAACCAACAGUUUAUAGUGAAGGUCCGAAUCAAAUAAUUCCUAGUGAAAAUUACGUGUGUACCGAUCCCAGUGGAAGCGUCCGACUUAGAAUUCCCGAAAAUGGUAAAGCUAUCGAAACUAUUAAACCCAUAUCAGUGCCAGGACUCCUCGAAAAAACAGCCAGGGAAUACCCCGAUAAGAUAGCGCUCGCUCAAAAAGUUAAUGGGAAAUGGGAAACCGUCAAUUUCAAACAGUACCUCGAGAACGUCCGCACCACCGCAAAAGCCUUUUUACACCUUGGUCUGAAGCCCAAUCACUCAGUUUGCAUUCUAGGAUUUAACAGCCCUGAAUGGUUCUACUCGGAUCUUGCAGCAAUAUUUGCUGGGGGGAUAGCGGUAGGAGUCUACACCACAAACUCCGCAGAAGCCUGCUACUUCUGCGCCGAGAACAGCAAGGCAAAUAUAAUAGUGGUAGAAGACCAGAAGCAGUUAGAUAAAAUUCUGGAAGUGAGGUCCAGGUUACCAGAGCUAAAGGCGAUAGUACAAUACAGUGGAGAACCCACACACCCAGAUGUGAUAAGUUGGAAAAGACUGAUGGAAAUAGGUGCUCAACAAACCGACGAUGCCUUAAAUAAUGCCUUGAAACAAGUUGCUAUCAACAGGUGCUGUACUUUGGUCUACACGUCUGGAACUGUAGGUAACCCCAAAGGCGUGAUGCUCAGUCACGACAACCUGACGUGGGAUGCCUUAGUAAUAACCGAGCGCAUGGGGCUCAGUGCGGGAGGUGAAGAGGUCCUCAUCAGUUACCUGCCUCUGAGUCACGUAGCCGCCCAAGUCGUCGACAUAUACAUCACUAUAACAGUAGCUGCGGCAGUUUACUUCGCCGAUAAGGAUGCCCUGAAGGGUACUCUGAUCAACACCAUGCAGGAAGUUCGUCCUACAAAGUUCCUGGGAGUUCCGAGAGUGUAUGAAAAGAUCUUCGAGAAGAUGAUGCAGAUCGCAGCUAAGAGCGGAGCUCUCAGGAAGUUCAUUUCCGGCUGGGCGAAGAAACAGGCUCUUCAACAUCACGUGGAUACGAUGAAUGGACUCCAGUCCAAUUCGUGGGGUUAUAUGUUCGCCAAAAACGUCCUCUUCAGCAAAGUCAAACAAGCCUUGGGUCUAUCUCGGUGUACAUUCUUCGCCAGUGCUGCAGCACCAUUAGCACCUGAUGUAAAGAGGUAUUUCCACAGCAUCGAUAUACCUGUGAUGGACUGUUUCGGUAUGUCAGAAGCCAGCGGUGGUCACUGUCUUGGUAUAGAGGGCGCCACGAACUUCGACACCAUCGGUAUGACGAUGCCCGGAAUGAAGACUAAACUGUUCAAUGAAGAAAACGGCCAAGGCGAGCUGUGCAUGUACGGUAGACAUGUCUUUAUGGGAUAUCUAAACGAACCGGGAAAAACUACCGAAGCUUUAGAUGAAGAAGGUUGGUUGCACUCUGGAGAUCUGGGUAGAAUAGAUGACAAACAGUUGGUUUAUAUCACAGGUAGAUUAAAGGAGCUUUUGGUAACAGCCGGCGGUGAAAACAUUCCCCCAGUUGCCAUCGAGCAGCAAGUCAAGUCAGAGCUGCCAUUCAUCAGCAACGCCUUCUUAAUCGGCGACAAACGAAAAUUUCUAACCAUUUUGGUAACCCUUAAGACUGAAGUCGAUCCCGAGACCGGGAUCCCCAGAGAUAACCUCACAUCUGAAGUUAAAUACUGGUUGAGAUCCAUCGGAUGUCCCGCUGAAACUGUCAAAGAGGUUUUGGCAGCUGGUCCAGACAAACGCGUGCUAGAUGAACUCCUGAAGGGUAUAGAGAGAGUUAACAAGCAAGCCACAUCCAAUGCUCAAACUAUAAAGAAGAUAUCAGUGCUUCCUGCUGAUUUCUCCAUACCUACAGGAGAAUUAGGUCCUACAAUGAAAGUAAAGCGGAGAAUUGUUGAACAAAAAUAUAAGGAUAUCAUCGAAAGAAUGUACUCCUAAGAAACAAUUAUUGUUGCUGUUGUUAUUUUGUUAUUGUUGUUAAAUAUACUUAUAUAUUUAUAUUUUAAUAUAAAAGGUGUACAAAAAACUCCAUUUUUGAAAUUAUUAUACUUAACUAAUGAAUAAGAAUUGUUAAAAUCUCAGAUGCACCAAUUAAAAUCCUAUUUAUCACUA